ACAAUGAAGCUCUUGUGUAUCAUUAUUUUAGGUCUUUGCUCCGGUCUUUCAUCGGAAGCCAAUCGUAUAAUUGGUGGGACGCCCGUUUCCGAUGUCUCUGAAUUGCCAUACCAACUGAGCCUACGGAAUUUCGGUCAACACAAAUGUGGCGCAUCGAUAAUUUCCGCAAAUUGGGCUUUAAGUGCGGGACAUUGCGUGAACACUCAAUUACCUCUAUGGGCAAUUACCUUCCUGGCUGGUGUUUUAAACAUUGAGUCGCCAAGUUCAGUGAAUAUUUUUGAUGUUGAGGAAUUACAUAGGCACCCGAAUUACGAUGCCACAAUGUAUGAUUACGAUGUUGCAGUUUUUCGUGUAACGAGAUCAUUUUUUGAAGUGCCAAAAGUUCAGGCGAUUCGAUUGUCGACGCAAAAUAUGCCCCUAGUAACGGGAGAAAUUAGUGUUAUUAGUGGAUGGGGAGUCACGGAAACGGGAUACUUGAGCAACGAUCUCUUGCAAACGGGAGUUCCAAUAGUAGCUGAGAAUGAUUGUCGCGCAUUUUGGGGAUCAAAAUUCACAGAUCGAAUGAUUUGUGCUGGCGGAAAAACUGGCUUUGAUAGCUGCGUUGGUGACUCCGGCGGACCAUUGGUUUUUAGAAACUUACAAGUUGGCAUUGUGUCAUUUGGGCCAAGUGAUUGCGGAACUCAAGUUCCUGCUGGCUACACGAAAAUCGCUAAUCCGAGUGUUAGACAAUUCAUUAGAACAUUAACGGGCGUUUAAUGAAAAAACAAAGUUUUAUUUUUUUUUACAAAUAACAGAAAAUAAUAAUUACGGUAAAUCGUCGAUUU